AGGAGGAUUUGGGACGAGACCUUAGCUGUAACUUCCUUGUUAUUAUCAUAACAUACGGAGAAGCAGAAAAUAAGCUGCUGUAAGUGAAACGGGUAUGUGCCUUCCAAGGCUCGUCAUCCAGUCGAAGAGGAGAAAGCCGGGCCACGUAGCCUGAGGCUUCACUGCCCGCCAUCUCUCCUGUUUGUCCUUUCUUCCCAUCUCUCUGUGUUUGUGUGUGUGUGUGUGAGCGGCGAUGCUGUGCUGGGGCAGUUCGGCUUUGGGUCAGCUCGGCCUCGCCGUCCCCGAAGCCGCCGUGUUUGAGCCGCGGAGCUGCUGCGUGUUCGAUGGCAGAGGACUGAAAGAGGUGGCGUGCGGCGGGCAGCACUCGCUGUUCCUGAUGCACGACGGGAGCGUUUACACGUGCGGGUCCAACAGUCACAGACAGCUGGGACACGAGAGGCCUGGAGGCAAGCCUGAGCUGGUCGGGGCACUGGAUGCCCAGAAGAUUGCAGGUGUCGCAUGUGGGCAGGCCCACUCUCUGGCCCUGAGUGAGCAGGGGCAGGUGUUUGCGUGGGGAGCGGGCGAGUGGGGGCAACUCGGUCUCGGCACGGCAGAGGAAGCCGUUCGGGUUCCCAGGUUGAUUAAGAAGUUGUGUGAGCAUCAGAUCUCACAAGUCAUGUGUGGCAACCAGCACUGUAUCGCACUUUCUAAAGAUGGUCAGCUGUUCACGUGGGGUCAGAACUCGAGCGGUCAGCUGGGUUUAGGGAAAGGCGAGCCGAGCUCUCUGUCUCCUCAGCCCCUCAAGUCUCUGUGUGGGAUCCCACUGGGUCAGAUCAGCGCAGGAGGAGACCACAGCUUCGCCCUGUCUCUCUCGGGGGCCGUGUUCGGCUGGGGCAGGAACAGCGCCGGGCAGCUGGGCCUCAAUGAUGAGCAAGAUCGGGGCGUUCCCUGCCAUAUUAAAUUCCUGCGCUCACAGAAAGUGGUCUACAUCAGCUGCGGGGAGGAGCACACGGCCGCGCUGACCAAGGAUGGAGGUCUGUUUACGUUUGGAAAUGGGUCGAGAGGACAGCUGGGGCACGGCUCCACCAACAACGAGCCGCUGCCACGCAGGGUCCUGGAGCUCAUGGGCACCGAGGUGUCCCAAAUCGCCUGUGGCAGACACCACACGCUGGCGUUCGUGCCCUCCACCGGCUUGGUGUACGCCUUCGGCUGUAACGCUCAGGGCCAGCUCGGCUUAGGGCCCAGAGGCAACUCCAUGAUCCCGCUGCCGGUCCGAAACAUCCACCCUCCUGUUCUCACCAACACCCCAACAGGCACAGAUCAGUACAGCAUCAGCAGGAUUCACUGCGGGGGCGACCACAGCUUUUUGGUGCUGUCACGUGGCAAGAGUUGCCCGGAGGAUUUCCGCGUUAUCAGCACAUCAAAAAGCAUCUCCCUGAUUAAUAAGGAAAGUCUAAACAGUUGGAGGCUGAAGCUCAUGGACAGCACUGACUCCAGCAACACAAAUGACAUCAUCCUGCUGUUGUCCUCGACCGCGUGUUGGAACGCCAGCUUCCUGGACCAAAGCGAUGAUGUUCAUUUCAAAACCAACCCCAAAGUCCCGGGAAUCGACCUGAACUCCGUCAGGCUGCUGUUCGAGAUCCUGAUGAAGCCGGCGUACUCGCGGCUGCUGGAGCAGACCAUGAAGAGUUUUGAGAGUCUGCUGAUCCCUCAGCUCCCCUGCUCUCCUCCUGACGUAGAGGCCAUGCGCAUUUACCUGAUCCUGUCCGAGUGUCCUGCUCUACACGAGUCCAAAAACUUCAUCUCGCUUACAAUCCCGCUCGCCAUGGCCAUCCUCCGGCUGGACGCCAACCCCAGCAAAGUGCUCGAUAACUGGUGGUCACUGCUGGACGGUGAGGUCUUCUCCAGGUUGGUGGAGAUGUACAAGAGCAUUGUGGUGUUCCUGCUCACGGGUGGCAAGGCCCUUCUCAUUCCUGUGUUUCUCGAGAGCUACAUUAGCGCUACGCUGAAACUGCUAGAGAAACUACACAAGGUGAACCAGAAAGCCCACCAUGUGGAGUACAACUGCUUCUACAUCCCCGACAUCACCAGCCUGGUGGACAUCCAGGAAGACUACCUCAAAUGGUUCCUAAGCAAAGCUGAGAUUAAAAUGCGGUCUCCUCCAGUACAGAAUUCAGUUACGCUAUGCGCCUAUCCGUUCAUAUUGAACGCUCAAGCUAAGACAACCAUGUUGCAGACGGAUGCCGAGCUGCAGAUGCAGAUGGCAGUCAGCGGAGCCAACUUGCACAACGUCUUCAUGCUGUUAACCCUGGAACCCUUGCUGGCACAGAACCCGUUUCUCGUCCUGCACGUGCGGAGAGAUCACCUGGUCAGCGACGCGCUACGUGAGCUCACCAUCUAUAAUGACGUCGACUUGAAAAAGCCCCUAAAGGUGAUUUUCGACGGAGAGGAAGCGGUGGACGCAGGAGGAGUCACUAAAGAGUUCUUCUUGCUGCUUCUGAAAGAGCUGAUGGAUCCGGUCUACGGCAUGUUCACCCAUUACCCAGAAUCCAACCUGCUCUGGUUCUCCGAUAAAUGUUUUGUCGAACACAACUGGUUCCACUUGAUCGGGAUCAUCUGUGGCCUGGCUAUAUACAACUCCACCGUGGUGGACCUGCACUUUCCUCUCGUGCUCUACAAGAAGCUUCUAGAUGUUCCUCCUGCGCUCGACGACCUGAAGGAGCUGUCCCCUACCGAGGGCAGAAGUCUCCAGCAGCUGUUAGACUAUGAGGAGGACGACAUCGAGGACGCCUUCUGUCUCAAUUUUGCUAUCAGCCGAGAGUAUUACGGGGUGACGGAGGUGAAGGAGCUCGUCCCUGGAGGAGAGAACAGAACCGUGGACAAGUCCAACAGAGAGGAGUUUGUGCAGGCGUAUCUGCGCUACGUGUUCAGUGAGUCGGUACGCGAGCUUUACUCUGCGUUCGCCAGCGGCUUCCUGAAGGUGUGUGGAGGUCGCAUCCUCUCUCUGUUCCAGCCCUCUGAGCUUAUGGCCAUGGUGGUCGGCAACAGCAGCUACAACUGGGAGGAGCUGGAGAAGAACGCCAGCUACAAAGGCGAGUUCUCGGCUUCUCACCCCACAGUGCAGAUGUUUUGGGAGGUGUUCCACGAGUUUCCCCUGGAGAAGAAGAAACAGUUCUUGUUGUUCCUCACAGGCAGCGACCGGAUCCCCAUCCACGGCAUGUCCAGCCUGCGCAUCAUCAUCCAGUCCACGUCGGCGGAGGAGCACUUCCUGCCCGUCGCUCACACCUGCUACAACCUGCUGGACCUGCCGUGCUACAGGAGCAAAGAGACGCUGCACUCGAGGCUGACGCGCGCCAUCGAGCAGUACGAAGGCUUCAGCCUGGUGUGAGAACACGGCCGCUCUCUCUCUCACUCACACACUCUUUCACUCGCACUUUCCCCGAGGACAGACGGCGUCUGAUGCCUCACGCGGACCGUCUCUGUGGACAGUGUGAGUAGGAGCGUAAUACAGACUCUAAACCUUUGCUGAACUCUCGAGUGGAAUAAAUCUUUUAUCCGAUUUGUUUUUUUUGGAGUGUUAGUGCAAGAGUUCUUGACGUGCACAGUGUUAUUCGGAGCGCUUUUCGCUUUCCUGUUUCUUUCUGCUGGGAUGAGUGUCCGGACAGCGUACGAUAGACAAAUCUGCUCAGAGACAGGAAGUAUCUUCAGUCGGUUUGGAGUCACACCCAGGUGCUUGUUUAUUUUUAGUAAAAAAUCUUUUUUUUUUAAUGUUUUUUGCUUGUGCACCUUGUUCGAAAGAAAGAACUCAGUUUAAGAACAGAAACGAUUCCUCGUCCUCUGAGCUUUCGACUGGAGAUGUCCAGACCUGCUGCUGCUAAAGUCACGGAGGAAAGAACAAGCCAUUACCCAGACAUGAAAGCCUGUUAUUCCAAACUCUGCUUAUUCUCCUAACUUGACUAGUCGCCCCCGCUAAUCCUUCUGCCUUUGAUACACACCACUAGCAAGGAACAGCUCCUACAGCUUUCGUUUCUUCCCCUUUCACCCCCAUCACUCCCCCAAUAACACCCCCCCCCCUCUCCCCAACAUUAGCAUGCAUGCGAGUGUGACGUCCAGGACGGAAGUAGAGCCUGUUUAAUGACUGUUUAGUGCCACGGUAAAUAUAUAUAUAUAAUUACGGUAAAACCCAAAAAUAAUAUUUAAGGUUAGAAAAAACGAAUAGCUGAGGAUUUAAAAACGACGGAUGAAACAGUCGGAGAUGAUUUUUCUGUCUGAGGGAGGAGAUUUUUUGCAAUAACCGGGUGAUGCGUGUAAACAGUUUCGAUUUGAACGCCGGCCUAUGCACAACCACGAGUCUGUGGGACGAAUGAACGAACUAACGAACGAGCGUUAGCGAAACGGGUCCGAGGCGGAGAUUCCUGCUUCAAGACUCCUGAUUUAAAUUUUAAAGAAGCUUAAAGGUGGGGUCAGUGAUUCUGUCAGGAGUAGUUACCCCCUUUUAUAUUGCACAUGCUAAGAGGAGAACCUCAGGUUUCUAUGGAAACCGCAGACACAACUGACUUGUCUUUUCGGAUGUUCUGCCGAUUUAGACGUCUUGUUUAAUUUAAAAUCAUUACUGACGCCACCUUUAAUGUCUCGAGCUGUCUGUAUUUGAGUGUUUUAAAGACGGCUGUAAGUGAUGCUGGAAAAAAUUUAGUGAAAACACACACGCACACACACUUUGCACUCUCAGGUCACAGACACCUCUACAUAGUGGAAGCUCGAAUUUAGCUGGAGACGCACAAAUUAGUUUUAAUGCAAACAUAUUUGAUUUUAAAAUACUCAGAUUUUUGCCACUGGCGUCUCCGGAUCAACAAGGGGCGGAGCUUCGACUAACCAAUUACAAAUUCAUUAAAUAUUACAACAAAGUCAGUUUUACUUCUAUGGCUUUAGCAAAAUAUGUGAUAUCGUAGUUAGGGUUCACGUUAACAGCCUUCCUUGUGUACUUACAAGAAGAUCUAAUAAUAUUAUUUUGUAAAUAGUUCACUGAACUAGCUCGCUUCCUGUUAGCUAAGCUUCUACGUCGCGCAAUAAUAAUUCCGCUGUCACAUAAAUAAAAGUAAAAGCAUUUUUUGUUUGUUUGUUUGUUUGUUUUAAGUCAAAGUUUUCUGUUGAACAUAAAGUGACGCAUUGCUCUCUUUGAACUCCUUUUAUGUCUUUUAACCCACAUAACUGACGCACAGUCGGACCGGAACAUCGUAGGUUUUGGAGUGUUGGAGCAGGAAGUCACCCCGAGGCGUACAGCACCGCUCUCUUAUACAAAUCGGCUUUUUUUUUUUUUUUUUUUAAACAUCACUGCAUUUAAAAGUCGAGUUUCUUCUUCAGAAUUUCUGCUUACGCGCAUCUGAGGAACGUGAAGAGACGGUGAACAGGACGUUGUUAAAAAGGGAUUUCCUUUCCGCAGCCACGACGCUCUGACGUUAAGUACCGGAUCAGAAAGACUUGGUGUGAGAAGUGACACACAACAAAGCCAUGUGAUUAUGGUUAUAAUGAUGAUGAUGUUGUGGAGGUAGAGCACUGCGGCAGAGAGACUCGCGCCUGCGUUCCUCUGGUUCCUCCGUGUUCAUUCAAACAGCACCAAGCCUUUCUGUCCAGUACCGUAAUGUCAUCUUCAGCGAACAAGGGCUUCUUUGUGGCUGCUGCUGCAUUAUUUUAGUAAAGUAUAUUUACUUUUAUACUUCUCUCAAAUGGAAUAUAUUGUUUUAUCUAUUUUUUUCUUUCCAGAGCAAUUAAAUUAAACUGAAAAUUCCACCUCCA